GUUCAAAUAAACGGUAACCUUUUUACUGCUAGGUGGCAACGUUCGAACGACACAACACGUGCAUGCCGCUCGUGGAAUAAGUUUAAAAUUAUUAAAAUUUUGCCUUAUUGUUUAUGAUAACAAUAUAAAAAGCACACAAAGAUGGCAAUACAAUCGAAUAGGCGGAAGAGAAAACACGAAGCCGAAGAGCAACAGGAUGAUGCUGAAAUUGCGGUGCCCAAGAAAGUGGCCAAGGAGUCUCACACGCCAAAGAAGAAAACAAAAAAGGCAAAAGCAAAUGCCGGCUUACAAGAGGAAACAAAUGAACAUGUGGAUACGGAGCAGCUAGAUGGGAUCGAGGACAGUUCUACGCCCUUGAACGAGGAGACUCAAGUUGAAUCUGUGUCGUCAACGAAAAAGCGAAAGCCACGACAUCAACCUAAAGAAAGUACACAGGAUGGCAAAACAAACGACGCGGACAUCAGUCCAGACUCGGGCAUUGAGCCUGAGGAGAAACCACAACGGUUUCCCAAUGAUUUUAAAAUGAUGCAUUUUCGUAGCAAACUGCUUGGCAAUAACUUCAUAACAGAGUUGCGCCAUUUUCUGUACAUGUGUCAAACAAGGCCCAAGAUUGUGGCCAAGUAUAUAGAGAAACGCGGUAAGCCGCUGGAGUUGGCAGAAGCCUUUAACAGAAUUGACAAGAGUAAUAUUCUACAUGUCGGUUACCUGUGCGAGGCUUUGCAAAGGAUUAUCAUGGAGAUUCUUACGAAUCAAAAAAGCCACAUGGAGUCAGCUGCACAUGCUGGUCGUUAUUUCUUGAAAGCGCACGGAUCUUUGCUGGAUCAAUUGUUGCAGUCAGCACAGCCGAGUCAUCGAAGGAAUGCCCUUAAACUGCUGACGGCAAUUGUAUGUGUGGAUCCGCAGUUGGGACGCCAAGUGCUCAGCUCUUAUGACAUACUGUCGAAUGUGCGAACCAUGGAGGAAAUGCUAUCGCAUUCUAAGAACGACUACAAGAAUGAUGAGACCGUCCGUAAGGCAUAUAUACACUUUAUACUUGCCUUUUUGGUUGAUGGCAAUACGCUUCUCAUUCGCAACAUUUUGGAUCGCGCUCAUUUGAUUCGAGUGCUGGCCAAGGGUCUAAUCUACGAUGACCAUGUAACUGUCUGCGUGGUGGUCAACACACUGCGCCAAUAUGUGCUCGAGAAUGCCAACAUCUUGAAGACCAAGAAGGUGCAUGUCUUUGAUCUAGAAUGCUGUAAGCACUUCAGCCGUCUCUACGACUGGGAAGGACCCCAAGGCCUGGCCAACAAGUACAGCGGACGCAACGAUAUCGUGGAUAAGAACUACGAGCCGGAGAAUCGUGAAGCAGUCGCUGCAGCCGUUCAUCAGCUUCUCCUAAUGCUGCUGACUUCUCGGAAGCACGGCAUCAGCUUCGAUGCCAUGACCAACUAUCGUCAGAAGCACAACAAACUGCAGGGCAAGCUGAUGGGAUCCCUUUUUCGUCCCUUUGACGACGAUCGGAAAAUUGAUCUAAUAUUGAAAACGCUACAAGCUUGUCCCGAUCUGGGAAGGCAUUCGGCGAGGAAUUUUUCAAAUUAUGUGAAUCCGAUGCGCUUGUCAGCAACAGAUUUACCCAAGGGCAUUGAUAUGCUAUCACAGGUGAUUGCGGCUGUUCCGCCGAGUUCCCUGUCCGUCGCCAUGGACAAAAUGACGCUCACCGACUUCAGCUUUUGGAUUAAGGAGUUGUGUCUGCCUGUCGAGGCGUUGCUCUUCAUUGUGCGCAGGAGCUUGCUGAAGAGCGAUAAUUUUACUGUGCGUCUUGCCGUUAACCGCUUGCUUCUGUCAAUGAUGACGCAGUACAGCAACUAUGUGAAUGCCGUUGCCCAUCGGGAGCAGUCAAAGCGAGCUGGAAACUCCUUGCGUCGGUUCAAGUUUGAUCUGCUGAAUCAUUUACUGGUCAACUUUCCACCGAUUGAGAGUAUACUGUAUUCCUUGUAUAGAAGUAUUCAGGAUCGAUUGCAGCCGGAUGUCAAUGUGCUGGAGCAUUUAGCGGUCACCCUGGAUCUGGUAUUAAUGAUGUGCAAAGAGAAUCGCGCAUUUGUCAACAAGACAAGUCAAAUUCUUGACUAUUUGGAUGUUCUGCGUCCAUUGUAUGAGACAAACUUUGAUGAGCCUUUAGAUCCAGAUAAUCCCAAUGUACUGGACAAGGUGCAAAAGAUCAAACUAGAACUGAAGUCGAUUAAGACGAUACUGCUGCUGUUCCCGCGCUCAUUGCAUCCCCAGGAGAACCUCUUCGAGAAAGUGCUGCGUUCCUUCAUUAAGGCCUACAUGCUGGACGAUGUGGAGGUCAAGACAGAAGCUGGAGAGCUGUUGCAUUCCUUGUUCCACAACACUGGCAUGUUUGACUCGUCUAGCUUUGAGAUUGACAUCUGGUUGGAGGCGUUGAUUGGUUUUGAUGCAGAGACCGUGGAUAAUGUGACCAGCAUACUACUGACCAUACUCUCUCUUGAUCUGUCGGAGGUAAAACAGUUGCCUGUUCUGAAUGCAGCUGAGACGGCGACAAAUGUAGAAAAUCUUCGCAAGCUGUUUGCACAAAUUGAGCAGGGACAGACGGUGCAGGGUUAUGUGGAGACUCUGACGCUGAGUAAAAUGAUGCCCCUGUUGUUGCAAGGUGUAACAAUCGAGCCUCCCUAUGAUGCCUAUGUGGAGCUGGUCUGUGUGCUGCUUUAUCAAUACCACACCAAGCCUGAGCAGGUGCAGCAAUUGUACGGUUCGCAGCUGGAACAGCACAAUGGCUACAUGCAGAACUGGCAGCUGUCUAAGCCAAGUCAACUCCCUGCUGCCAUCGCUCAGCAUUGGCCGCAGUUGAACGUACUGCAGCAAACGAUCUUGGAGCAACCGACGCAAACUUUUGAACAGAUAUUCAAGGCAUCUCCCGAAGACACCGAACACUUUGAACUGCAGCUGGAGGACAACAAAUCAAUGAAAUUGCAUGUUAGUCUACGCAAUCCACGUCGCAACAUGAUCUACGCCCACAAUAUGCUCUUCCUCAUGUCGCAGUUGGUGGAAAGUAAACAACUGAAUGCCCAGCAAUCCCAACUGAUUGCUGAUUCCUUGAUAAAGCUACUGCAAAUCGCCAGCCAACUGGAUGGCAAUCAGACUAUAGUCGAGCUUCCCAGCGAUGAGAAGCAACAGGAGCAGGAGACGCACACGGAGCGAUUGUUGCACUACAUUUAUGGCAUGCGACUGAGUCAGUUGAGGGCGACGCAGUUGCUCAGCGAGACAAGUGACACCCAGCUGCAUUAUGUGACCUUCUUGAGGCGCCUCACCGAUCAUUGCCGCACAUUGCCCAAGUUUGCCAGCUACACGUCCUUCUACAGGCUGCAGCUGGUGAUUGCCUUGGAGAUCGCCUUGGCCGGCUCUGGCUCCGGUUCCGCAGCGGGUGAUAGUGUGGAGCAACCUGCUCAGCUGCUGGAGUGUGUCGCCCUCGUGGAUACCUUUGAGUUGAAUGCCACAGAAUGCGCCCAAAUGCUGCAACUGUUGACGAGCAAGUUGCAGGCUGGCGAUUAUUUCAUGAGUGGCAACAAGACGAACCAUUACUAUGAGCUCAUGUUGCGUCUAUUGCGACGUCUGGCUCAACUGGAGGAGCCCGUGGAUUGCAGUCAGUCGAUGUUGCAACUGCAGAGAUACUAUAAAGAUUUCUGCGACAUUGCAUUAACUGAGCAACUGGAACAGUUGGAGACGGCCAUGCAGCAGUUCCUAAGCAGCCAACAUCACCAUCUGUCCACAUGCGAUGCAGAGUUUUUUGCCUGCUUCUUUUCCACCUCCAACCGAAAGCUGAGCAAGUCGGCUGUUAAUCUUGCCUGUCUGUUGCUUCAGCGGAACGGAAAGUUGGCGCAGAGCUUCGCGAAGCUGUUGCCGGAGCAUCUGGAGCAGAAGGAAUUGAUCUAUCCGCUGCUGGAUGUGGCCUUUAGCAGUGGCUAUCAACUGGAGCAGUCGCUGCUCCAACGCUGCUAUCAGACCUACAAGAAUGGCAUUUUAAAGAGCAUCGAGAAGCCACUGAAAGCUGCUGUCAUCUACAGGGAUCAUGCCGGGGCAAGUGCGGCUCUCAUUGCUCACUGCAUGCCCAAGUCGGAGUGCUUGGAUUACUGCCAGAAGCAGCUUAAGUUCGAUGCCGUGGAGAUCUUCCAGAUGCGCGUUCUCUGCGAGAUUUACGAACAAGCCUUUGCCGCCAGCAAGGAUGAGAAGCAACAGGCCAACAUAUUCGUCAGCUAUGUGAAUCUGAAUGUCCAAAUGUUGGCGCUGGACUUGAAGAAGCAGAGCGUCCAACUUGACAGGUUGGAACAGCUGGCAUUCAACUGCUACAACUGGUGGCAGAUGCACUCUCUGCAGGAUCAGUUGGAUUGGAGUCGGUUGUUGAAAGCGCCUCACUGGCUGAAUUAUUGUCGCAGUUGUCUGAAGCAAGCCAUGCACGUGGCGGAGGAGCAGCAUCAGACACCGGAGCAGGAUCACAUCAAUGGAUUGCUGCUCAAGCUGUUGGCCUAUCUUUGCGAUCGCCUCUACGAGGAUUACACCGAGGAACAGCAGGAGCCUGAAGAUGCAGCUCUGCUCUAUGAGAUGGUCUGCACCCACUCCUGUUGCUAUGAUCAUCUGCUGGGCGAACCCAGAGCCGUGAAAACACAUUUGCUGCAGCUGCUGGAAACGUUGGCACGCAAAGCACCAUCGGCAUUGCACUCCGCCCACAUCCCCGUCAUUCUGGGCGCCUAUCACGCCAAGCUGUCGCCAGCUGAUCGUUAUGCUUUGGCUCUGCUGGAGCACUAUGAACGCUACGAUGUGGGUCUGGCACAGUAUCGUCCCUUCAUCUGGGGAGAGAGCGCUGUGGCACAUUAUGCCCUCCGUGCCGCCGACGAAGAUGAGCGUGCCAAGUUGCAGCAGCAGGAGACGAAUGUGGCCCAGGUGUUGGCGCUGAUUGUGCGUCCGGGCUGCCAAUAUACCAUUGAGAACUUUCCCAUCUGGCGUACUCUGCACGCCAGCAAGCAGCUGCCCGAGCUGCAGUUUGUCAAUCCUAUCAAGAAAUCCCAGCACUUUGGCGACAAUUCCCUAGAGCAGCGCAUAGAGGAAGGAGUCUCGGAGUUUGCCCAGGACAUUCGUAGGUUGUGCCCCAAACGGGAGGAGCUCUAUGAGCAGUGCUAUGAUCCGGCUUUUAUGCUGCCACUAAUGAUGCACUGCUUCGCACCGGAGUCUGUGGUGCGUGCUCAGUGGCCAGUUCAAAAUGGACUGCUCGCCUUGAGCUUCUGUGCAUUGUCCUCGCUAGAUAAGGAUAUGCGACUGGCUGCCGCAUGUUGUCAGCAACGCUAUCGCACCCAUUUCGAGCUGUCAAAGUUCUACGAGAAACCUCUGUGGACACAGGCGUAUGACAACAUCCAGGGAGGAUUGAGUGAGCUGAGAAAUACAUGGCUGGCACAACGACGCACUCACGGCGGCACUCCCCGAGUUCCAUUGAUUCCAGCUCUUUUCAUUGCGAACAGUUUCAAUCUGAGCACAGAUCCCACGCAUCUGCUGUACAAGCGUCUGAUGAUGUAUCUGCAGCUGAAGCAGAGCUUCAACUUCCAGACAAUACCCGAAUUCAAUGUGUUCUUCUACUCGCAGGAGCCAGAGCAUCAACAGUAUCGGGAAUUCAUUGUGCAGUUGCUCAGCAAUGGCAUCAAAUGCAGUGCGGAUCUCUUUCUGCUCGUGUCCACGAACACCUUCAAGGUGCUGCUCGGUUUCUAUUCCUCCAAUCUGGCCAAUCUGGAUACCAAUUUGCUGCUGCUCUCAGUGCUGUCCACCUGCGUGAAGAUUCCCGGUGCUGUCAAGAUAAUGCUGGAGCAUGUUGGCAUCCUCUCCUGGUUGAUAGGCGUCAUUCGGGAUACGCAGUUCCAUCAAUUCGACAUCAUCGAGGGUAUCAUUAGCAUUGUCAACAAUCUAUUCUAUGCUGUGGCCGCCAGCCAAUCCGAGCUAUCAGACUAUGCCCAUGUCCAGCUGCGUCUUCAGCGUCUGGUCAUACAUCUGCUGCCACUGAUAUCACCACGCGUCUCGAUUCCUGGUCUCGCCCGUCUGCUUAAUGUGAUGCAGAAGACGGCAACCAGCAGUGGCCAAUACCUGGCACUGUCUGCCCAACAGCUUGAUCUUUUGCUCGACUGCGUCGCUCGGCAUUGGCCCGAUCAAAUCGCUAGUGUUCGUUAUUUGCGCACCUUCGGCGGCACAUACGCCUGCCCCCGAUCCGAGUACUGCGACUGGCUGGCCAAGGAACAAAAGCUGGAUAUGCACUCCGUCCUCGCCCUCUCCAGCCUGCGGGAGUAUGUAACUGGCUGGUGGCAAGCUCACAAUGUAAAUGCAAAGGUGGAGAAAAUGGAAGUGGCAACAACAUCUUAGUGGGGUAUUCUAUAGUUUAAUCUAACAAUUGUUUUAACUAUAUAGAAAAUAAGUGUUCAUAAUAUACUAUAAUUUGCAUUGAA